GGGCUCGCUUCAUUAACUUAGAAGUGUCUGCACUUACUGAUAAAUGGUAUGGAGAAAGCCAAAAGUUAGCUGCUGCUGUAUUUACACUGCAGAGUAUGAUAACUUAUUCUGAUUUUAUAGACUCUUUUCUUCGGUCAAGAGACUCUUUCGAUCAUGAAGCUACAGCUAUGAUGAAGGCACAAUUCAUGAGUUUGUGGGAUGGUCUUAUUACUGAUCCAGACUGUCAAGUUGUUGUAAUGGGGGCAACUAAUCGACCACAAGAUGUAGACAAGAAUUCUCAUCAAAGAGCUGGAAUCUUGAAACUCAUUUUGGAAAAUGAACUU